GUGUGCGUGUGUGAGUGUGUGUUAGAUAAUUAAUGCAGCUAAAAAUGCAAUCUACCAACCGUUUCCUGCCCUGUCUGCUGUUGGCGGUGUGUGCUGCUGCGUUCACAGCUAACGCACAGGUUGUAGACACAGAGCCACGCACCGUUCUAGUGGUAGAAAAUCAGGAAAAUGUCGACCUCCACUGCCGGAUAGGCCGCCCGGCUCAGCUUUGUCUUAUUCGGAUGCCGGGUGUAAAUGAUCAGUUUGCGCUUAACCCGACGGAUGCCUCACCAGUACCGGGUAUGUCCUACCAUGGUGAAGGGCUGGACAAAGGUUCAUGCGGUGUGCGUAUUGCCCGGGUAACGGCGGAAAAUGCAGGCCUCAUGAACUGUACACUGUUCGUCGAUGGACGUGGUUUGACUGGUUCUAUUGAAAUUGCUGUGGCGUUCCCACCGGAGCAGCCUGCCAUUGAGGUGGUGUCGGGAAAUCUUGCCAACUUGGAGGUUAACAAUGAGCUUACCUUCCGAUGCAUUUCGGCGCGCGGCAAUCCGGCGGCCAAGCUUGCGUGGUUUUUGGACCAAGAACAAAUCUAUGAGGGAGUGACAUUGGACAAACCGGAAGAAUACUUCGACGAGCGUUCCAACAAACGCUACUUUACUGCCUCAUCCACACUGACUCGUUCGAUUCGUGCGGAGGACAACGGAAAACGUCUUACGUGCCAGGCGGAACAUAUCGCCUAUCCGGAUGUAUUUUCGCGUACUGAUCUCAUCAUGAACGUUAACUUCCAGCCACAAGCUUUGCCCGAUCAGGUCGUCUAUGGACUGCAGCUGGGACGCACUGCGACAGCCAGCAUGGUUAUCAAGGCGAACCCUACGCCACGAGUUCUGUGGAGCAUUGAUGGCAUCGACUACCAUCAGGGUUCCGAGCAGGGACGAUAUGCUGUACCGAUUCCGGAAGCACUUGGAAACAACCACUAUAACGUUUCGCUAACCAUUGCCGGCCUUACCCUGGAAGAUCUGUCCAAAAUGUACGUGAUGCGUGCGUCGAACAACUUCGGUACGGAGAACUACCGAUUGACCCUUCGCUCCCAGGACGAAGUGUUCAGCGAAUCGAGCAGUUUCGGUACUGGCGAAAUCGUUGGUCUGGUACUAGCCGUACUGAUCGUCCUGUUGGCCGUUGCUCUGAUCUUUAUCGCCCGUGCUACCGGUAGAUGGUGCUUCCGAGGCAAAAGCAGCUCAACUUCAACCAGUGCAGCUAAAAUUGGUGAAACCAGCGACACAGAAAGUGCAGAAAUGAAGCAACCGAUGACGAAAACGCAACGCUUGAAGAACAUUUUCGCCAAACGCAUGCAACGCGGCCCUACUGCAAGCGAACUGCCCGAGGAAAACAUCACACCGGAUGUGGUUGCCGUCGACGAGCAGGACACAAAGCCGCCCGCAAAGGACGAUCAAACGCUCGUGUACGCGGAGCUGGAGCUUAAGCCGGCCGGCGGUGGAGAGAUAUCGUUCGUCAACAAGCCUUCCCCGACCGUCAACAACGAGUCGACCGAAUAUGCCGAAAUUUUGUACGUACAGCAGCAGGCCGGCGGUACCAACACCGGGAGCGAAACGGCACCCGCCCAAAAGCCUCAACAACCGGCCCAACAGCCCUCACGUCACCAUUCGAGCGAAGAUAACCGGCCGGUGAUCGACGUUAGCAUCCAGAAACCGAGCGCCAAAAGUGACGCUGGCAGCAAGGGAACCGGACCCGGUGGCAAAUAA